UAGCUACGAUGUGCAUAGAUUAAACAGACCAAUAAUAGCAUUCGCUUUCGGAAACAGCCUCCAUUCCAGCAUUCGGGCACGGAAAAACCUUCCCCCCGAUCCAUCCAAACUUUACCAAACCUCAACCAUCUCCAUACUGUGUCUACCGGGGGAUAACACACCCAGUCCCUCCCUUACACACAAACACCCCACAAUGCUCUGCCGGCGCUGUAUACGCGCCUCCUCGCGCUGGGCCACCACCCCCAACCCGACAACCUCCACGCAACCUCCAUCCCGCUUCUUCACCAGCACCUCCCCAACCCUCACCACCGCGACACCCGCAGCAUCCACCACCACCUCCACCGCUCCGCCUCCGCCUCCUUCCUCCUCCAAACUCACCACCUCUUCACAAACCCCCACAGCCGCCUCCUCAUCCCCCGCAGAAAAGCCAAAAGAAAAAGAGAAGAAACUCCCGCAACACCCGCUCGUCAAAUCCAGCGUCCCCGCCGGCACGCCCCUCAAGGGCCUCAACUUCCUCAAGAACAAGGAAGACCCCGUCGCCAUGGAGGAUAGCGCGUACCCGCCCUGGCUGUGGACGAUCCUGCAGCGGCAGGAGGCGAAGAAGGACGGUGGUGCGGGCGGGGAUGCGGCGGGGGAUCUGUUUUCCAAAUCCAAGAAACAGCGCCGCCUAGCCGCAAAACGGCUCCGCAAGGAACAGCUCGCCAACCCGGACCUCCUCAUCCCAAAGGUCCCCAUCUACGAGCAGACGAUCGAUUUGCCGGCGGGUGACGGCACGCCCGAGGGGGCCGUGGCGGCGGCCAGGGCGAGGGACGAGCUGCGCAAGGCGUUGAGGGAUAAGCGGCGGGCCAAGAUCAAGGAGGGCAACUUUUUGAAGGCUAUGGGGUAGAUGGCGGAGGGGGAGUGGGUAUAUCAUUUUUAUGGGGAGACUUGGCGGAGUGUUUAUCGAACCGAUUUGGAUCUUUUGUGUAGGGAUAUAGGGGAGUGAGUGUACGAUAGGAACGGCUUUUGGAAGCCUGGAUCUAGAGAGAAGCAGAAGAAGAAGAGGGAGAAGAUGGAGAAGACAGGAUUGUAAAUAUACACGUUGCGUGGGACGAACACCAAAUUAUUAUCUCCAUCCUAGCCCACCUCUAACAACCACCAACCCACCCAAUCACCGCACAAAUGCCCUUCAGUACAAAUCCAACUUUCUGAACUUCGCAU